CCCAGCCUGGCGUUCGCGGCCCCACCAGCUCGACUUUCUAACCUCAGCUCCCAGGCCAGGCGGUGGCCGGCGGGGACGGGCUGGUGGGGGAGAGCGGGGCGCCAUGCUUCGGGCUUGAUGCGCCGCCCUCGUCUGCCGUCUUAAAGUCUUCAGCGCCAUUCCCUCCCCGUGCCGCCCCGGACUCCUCGGUUUUUCCGCCGCGUCUUUCAGCCCUCCGCCGGGCGCCUUGGUCGACCCCGACCAGUCCCGCUUCUCACCCAGGUGACCCCCCCCCCCGUCGUCAUGUCCCACCCGGGGGUACCGGUCUCCGGAGGCCCUCCAACCGGCCUGCAGGCCCAGAAUGGGGCCCCCUCGGCCUCGGGGUCUCCCUACGCCAACGGUCCUGUCCAAAAUGCACUGAUGUCUUCACACAUGUCAGUGAGCCAAGGAUAUAAUUCCCAGCUUCCAGGAUCCUACCCUCAUCUAAUACCAGCAAAGACUUCAAGUCCACUGUGUGGACAGUCUAAUUAUGGUGGUUCUCAGGGAUCUGGGCAGACUUUCAAUAGACCACCUGUGGCUUUGAAUCCAGUGACACCUUCACUGCAUAGUGGUCCUGUUCCCCGAAUGCCACUCCCUAAUUCUCAGAACCCAGCUGCUGCACCAAUGCCUUCUGGUAAUUUUCUUCCUGGAGCUAAUCCACCACCACCACCACCUUCGAAUUGGCAAUAUAACUAUCCAUCCACAGGAUCACAGACAAACCACUGUCCUCCUGGGGCCCAGCCAACUGUAUCUGGGAAUACAAAUUUAACAACAAAUCAUCCGUAUGUAUCUUCUGGAGAUUCCUCACAUCAAAACAGCUUCAUAAAAUCAGGUAUUACAUCAAAUGCCAAUAACGGAUCGAUGGUGGUCCACAGUAAUUAUGAUGAAAUUGAAGGAGGUGGCUUCUUGGCAACAUCACAGCUCACUAAUAAGAAUCCCAAAAUGAGCCGAAGUGUUGGGUAUGCCUACCCCUCCCUACCACCUGGUUACCAGAACACAACGCCGCCUAGUGGGACUGGAAUGCCACCCUCAUCCUUGAAUUACCCUAGUGGCCCCCAGGCCUUUACUCAGACUCCCUUAGGUGCUAAUCAUUUAACUGCAAGCAUGAGUGGAUUAAGUCUACAUCCAGAGGGUCUAAGAGUCAUCAAUCUUCUUCAAGAGCGAAACAUGCUUCCCUCAACACCUUUGAAGCCUCCAGUUCCAAAUUUGCAUGAAGACAUCCAGAAACUCAACUGUAACCCAGAGUUAUUUCGAUGCACACUGACGAGCAUUCCUCAGACUCAGGCCUUACUGAAUAAAGCCAAACUUCCUUUGGGGCUAUUGCUUCAUCCUUUCAAAGAUCUAGUGCAAUUGCCUGUGGUUACCUCCAAUACAAUUGUGAGAUGUCGUUCCUGCAGGACCUACAUCAACCCUUUUGUCAGCUUUCUUGACCAAAGGAGGUGGAAGUGUAACUUAUGUUACCGAGUCAACGAUGUUCCUGAAGAAUUCAUGUACAACCCUUUAACCAGAGUUUAUGGAGAACCUCAUAGAAGACCUGAAGUUCAAAAUGCUACUAUUGAGUUUAUGGCUCCUUCAGAGUAUAUGUUUCUCACUGGGGAGUACAUGUUGUCAUGGCUUCCUGGCAACACUAGGACAAAAAUUGGCUUCAUAACAUUUGACAGUACAAUUCAUUUCUACAGUCUUCAAGAAGGUCUUUCUCAACCCCAGAUGCUAAUAGUUUCAGAUAUUGAAGAUGUUUUUGUACCGAUGCCAGAAAACUUACUUGUAAAUUUAAAUGAAAGUAAAGAGCUUGUUCAAGAUUUACUGAAAACUUUGCCACAAAUGUUUACCAAGACUCUGGAGACCCAGAGUGCAUUGGGUCCUGCCCUUCAGGCUGCCUUUAAGCUGAUGUCCCCAACUGGUGGUAGAAUGUCUGUCUUUCAAACCCAACUCCCAACUCUUGGUGUCGGAGCCCUUAAACCACGAGAAGAGCCCAGUCAGAGGUCAUCUGCUAAGGAAAUACACCUGACACCAUCUACUGACUUCUAUAAGAAAUUAGCCUUGGACUGUUCUGGUCAGCAGGUAGCUGUUGACUUAUUCCUUCUCAGUGGACAGUAUUCUGAUUUGGCUUCUCUGGGGUGUAUUUCUCGGUACUCAGCAGGUAGUGUAUAUUACUACCCAUCAUACCAUCAUCAGCACAAUCCGGUUCAAGUACAGAAAUUACAGAAGGAACUGCAGAGGUACCUCACUAGGAAGAUUGGCUUUGAGGCAGUUAUGAGAAUUCGAUGCACCAAAGGUCUAUCCAUUCAUACUUUCCAUGGGAACUUCUUUGUCCGUUCAACAGACUUACUGUCUCUACCCAACGUCAACCCUGAUGCUGGGUAUGCAGUACAGAUGUCAGUAGAAGAGAGUCUCACUGACACUCAGCUGGUUUCUUUUCAGUCAGCACUGUUAUAUACGUCAAGCAAAGGUGAAAGAAGAAUCCGAGUCCAUACUUUGUGUUUGCCUGUAGUUGCUACUCUGAAUGAGGUCUUUCUUGGAGCUGAUGUUCAAGCAAUUUCAGGACUAUUGGCCAAUAUGGCUGUUGACAGGUCUGUGUCUGCCAGUCUUAGUGAUGCCCGGGAUGCCCUGGUGAAUGCGGUCAUUGACUCUCUAGCAGCUUACCGGUCUUUAGUCCUGAGUAAUCAGCAGCCUGGCCUCAUGGUUCCUUUCUCUUUGCGGCUUUUCCCGCUAUUUGUAUUGGCUCUCCUUAAACAGAAAUCAUUCCAGACUGGGACAAAUGCACGACUAGAUGAACGUAUUUUUGCUAUGUGUCAAGUGAAAAACCAGCCAUUGGUUCAUCUUAUGCUGACAACACAUCCCAAUUUGUACAGAGUUGACAACCUCUCAGAUGAAGGAGCACUGAACAUCAAUGAUCGAACCAUCCCUCAACCCCCCAUUCUUCAGCUCUCAGUGGAGAAGUUGAGCAGAGAUGGUGCUUUCCUUCUGGAUGCAGGCUCCGUCUUUAUGCUUUGGAUUGGGAAAAACUGCGCACAGAAUUUUCUCUGCCAGGUUCUAGGAGUUCAAAACUAUGCAUCAAUUCCACAGCCUAUGACAGACCUUCCAGAACUUGAUACACCAGAAUCUGCCAGAACAAUAGCUUUUAUCUCUUGGCUUAGAGAACAGAGACCAUUUUUCCCAGUACUUUAUGUAAUAAGGGAUGAGAGUCCAAUGAAAGCCAGCUUCCUUCAAAACAUGGUGGAAGACAGAACUGAAUCUGCUUUAUCAUACUAUGAAUUCCUCUUGCACAUACAGCAGCAAGUGAAUAAAUGAAGAAAUCUGACUUAGUUAUUGCUAAGGAAAUCACAAUAAUGCAGAAUUCCUGGGAAUGUGUAGUACCUUACUUUUCUAUUUAAGUUUGUGAACUAAAAUGUGAUGAUUGAGAUGUUUUCACUGUGAUUUCAACCAACUAUAGCAAAUAAAGGACCACAGCAGAAAAUCAAACAUGCAACUCUAAAAUACUGUAAUUUUCAAAUCAUAAUAUAUUGAUGUAUGAUUGAAUACCUUUGUUCCUUUGCUGCCAAUUAUGUUUGAGUUGUUGUGGAUUGGGACAAGACAAAACAAUGCUGCUGAGGCAUUGUACAUUUUGUAAAAUAAAGAUUUCUAUGUUCUACAUGUA